AUGCUGCUCGACUAUGCGGGGCCGAUGUGGGUGCUCAUCAUCGCCACCACUUCGUGUGCGCUGGGCGCUCUUCUCUUUGGGCUGACGUUUCAUGGCCUCAUCGCCGCCUCCGUUGUGCGUAUCUCCGUCUUUUGUGCCUUUCUGGACUUUGGGUGCACCUGGUUUGAUGCUGGCUCGCUGAUGGCGGUGCUCGGGAGUUUUCCAAAAACGAGGGGCUUUGUGGUGGCUUUGAUGAAGACAUAUGGUGGCAUCGGCGCCUCCGUGCUGGCUGUGAUCAACUACAGCUUUUUCGGUGACAACUAUGCGGCCUACAUGUACUUUAUGACGAUCGCUGUGGUUGUGCUGGGAUGCAUCGCGAUUGCUUUCGUUCGGUUUCCACCGUACCAUCUUGUUGACUACGAGAAAAAGACCGUGCCGCAGGAGAUCCAGGAGCGACGACGACUUAUCGAGCCCUACUACCUGCGACAAGCCCCUCCGAUGCGACGGUUCAUUCUAGGCUGCCUCAUCAUUGUUGCGCUGAUCAUCUACCUGACGACGCAGUCACUGUGCGUGGCAUUCGUGAGCGGCAUAAGCGACGACACCCGCAUGGGCAUCACCAUUGGGGCGAUUGUGCUUGUGCUGCUACUGUCGGUGAUUGCGGCGCCAUUUCCGUUUCUUGGUGGCAUGUCCCAGCCGCCGAACGAGUUCCUCCCGCCGCUGCCGAGUAAUUCGACGGAGGAGCAGCAGGGAGAGGAGGUGUCGCAGACGCAGGAGGCAGACAAGGCUGAGAUGGAGGAGGUUGCUCAGAGCGGCCUCGACCCGCAGUACCAGGGCAGCUUCUGGCAGGACUUGGGAACACCGGACCUGUGGAUGCUGUUCUGGACCACGCUGGUGACGUGGGGUUCCGGGGUCGUCAUCAGCCUCAACAGUGCCCAGAUAUACCGUUCGCUGAACAAUAACGAGUACGACGCUGCCACAAAUACGAUGUACUCGGCCAUUCUUGGUGUUGGGAACGGUGUAAGCCGUUUGGCAAUGGGAGUGCUGGAAGUUAUGCUUCUCCGCCGGCCUCCAGAGCAGCGCCCGGCAAUCAGCUGCCUUCUUCCGAUUGCAUCGUGUUGCUUGUUCCUAAGUGUGUUGGUGCUGCUGGUGUUGCCGCUGCGUUCCAAGGCCAUCAUGAUUGGGUUCUUCCUUGGCGGGUUUGGCAACGGCUUGGCCUGGGCGCUCACGGCCCUGGUGAUGCGCUCCCUGUACGCGAAGGACAUUGGCAAGCACUACAACUUUAUGUUUUUGGCGGCGCUUCUUGGCAUUAUUGCGAUCAAUCGCUUUGCGUACGGAGAGCAGUACACGCAGGCGGCGAGGAAGGGCAACUCCUACCCCCACUGCGGCGGAAAGGCAUACAUCCAGAACGGGUUCAUCGUUCUGCUAUGCGUAAACGCGUCUGCUAUUGUUACCAGCGUCCUUGUGCACAUCCGCUUCACCCGCUACGUCAGGAAGACACGUGCUUCCCUAGGGGCGGGUGGACAUGAGCUUAACGCCUCUGACACAGAAGCGCGCAAGUCGUUUCGCACGCCCAAAAAAAAAAAAAAGUAG